AUGUCUGGUCAGAUCGAUAGUAAUUGCAAAGUACAUCCAGUAAAAGUUCCUCUAGAAACAGACCAAGGUAUUUUGGAGAGCGAAGAGAUAAAAUGGGGACUACCUUUGAAAGAAGUUUACAAACAUGGAUUGUCGUUUUAUAAAGAAAAAGAAGGCAAAGCAUUACAUCUCAGUUACGAAGAUAGGUUGAAGCUAGUUGCAUAUACUCAGCAGACUGCUCACGGUCCGUUUGAUCCAAAUUCUUUAUCUCCAUUGGGUGUCCUCGACGUGAUUGGUCGAGAUCGGCGUGCAGCUUGGCAGGCUUUGGGUCAAAUGUCACAGAUACAGGCUAUGGCUGGAUUUGUGCAUACUUUAGACAGAUUAUGUCCAUUAUUCAAGCCGUAUUUAGAAGCUAUACAUAAGGACUUAGAAAGCAAGUUACAACAAGAGUUAAAGAAAAUGGAAGCAGAAAGGGCACACCAAGAGCUGCAGCAUAGAGUAAUGCAGGAGAAACAGAAACAGCAGAGCAACAAAGUAUCUGAAGAAGAACAAGUUCAAAGAAUAAAAGAUGCACUCAACGCGCAAACUUACGAUCAGUUCCUGCAAUAUGCCCAACAACAAUUCCCCGGGAAUUUCGACCAACAAGCCAUUCUGAUUCGCCAACUACAAGACCAACAUUACCAACAGUACAUCCAACAGUUGGCUGUAGACCAACGAUUGGCAAAUUGCAACAUUAACGAUACGGAAGAAGAAAACCAGAGUAAAGAGGACAAGGACAAUCACCUUAAGGAUUGUAAUUUGAAUGAAACUAAUGUUACUAACGUGGAUACCAAGUCUUUACAGACUUUCGAUAAAGGUGAAACCGCUGAAUACUCUGAGGAAAUGAGGCCGGAUGAGGAAUCGGAAAACGAGGAUGGGUUUUCGAGCGUGGACGAAGCAUCUAUGUGGACGUCUGGUGAUAUCAACAAGUUCAAGGAGUCUGCAGGCGCCGGUGGAGGGAAGCUCACUGUAGGGCAUGGAGAAACUGUCACCGUGCGUGUGCCUACGCACCCGCGCGCCACUAAACUUUGCUGGGAGUUUGCUACCGACAGCUAUGACAUUG